ACUCUGUCUGAUUGCAUAAGCUUCCUAGCCUGCCAUCUGCUUGCGUUUGUUUUCUUUAAACAUUUUGUUCGGUUAAUAUUAGUUUUUAAACGACGUCGAUAUGAAAUAAACAGUGCUGUUAUUGUUGUGCAGCGUGGAGCACCAAUCAGCCACCAAUUUGUCAUAAUGUUGGCCCGUAAAGGCCUUUUACCUGAUGGGUUCCUGUUAACACGACUCGCUGAGGAUGCCGCACAACCCAGUCGCAUCCGGCCAAAGUCACAGAGGGCGCGUUUCAUCACCAAGAAUGGCUCGUGUAAUGUUGCCCACAAGAAUAUACGAGAACAGGGCCGGUUUCUCCAAGAUGUUUUCACCACCAUGGUGGACCUGAAAUGGCAGCAUUCCCUCCUCAUCUUCACUUCGGCAUUCCUCUGCUCCUGGAUGCUCUUUGCCAUGGUGUGGUGGCUCUUGGCGUUCGCUCACGGUGAUCUGGAGCCACGAGAUCCCAAUGAGCCCGGACCUGUGCCGUGUGUCACUUCCAUUCACUCCUUUACAUCUGCUUUUCUGUUCUCCAUUGAAGUGCAGGUCACUAUUGGUUUCGGAGGACGGAUGGUGACGGAAGAAUGUCCGCUGGCCAUCAUUGUCCUCAUCAUCCAGAACAUUCUGGGCCUGAUCAUCAACGCCAUCAUGCUGGGCUGUGUGUUCAUGAAGACGGCUCAAGCCAACCGGCGAGCAGAAACCCUCAUCUUCUCGCGGAACGCAGUCAUUGCGCCGCGGAACGGCAGACCGACGUUUAUGUUCCGCGUCGGGGAUCUGAGGAAGAGCAUGAUCAUCUCGGCCACCAUUCAGCUGCAGGUGAUUCGGCGGACAGUGACAGCGGAGGGUGAGGUGAUUCCUGUUUGUCAGCUAGAUAUCCAGGUGGAAAACCCUCUCAGGAGCAAUGGCAUAUUCCUCGUCUCUCCACUUAUAAUCAGUCACACUAUUGACAGAGGAAGUCCGCUGUAUGAGGUCUCGGCGCAGUCGCUGGCUACAGAAGACCUGGAGAUCAUUGUUAUUUUGGAAGGUGUUGUGGAGACCACCGGCAUCACAAUGCAGGCCCGCACAUCCUACACCCCAGAGGAGAUCUUGUGGGGUCGGCGUUUCGUCUCCAUUAUGACGGAGGAGGAUGCGCGCUACUCAGUCGACUACUCCAAGUUUGGGAACACAGUCCCCGUCCGGAUGCCGGCCCUCAGCGCCAAAGAGCUGGAUCAGACCAGGGGCGUGCAGGACAGUGGGCCCCAUGAGGGUAAACCUCAGGGCUGGGGGCUGGUGAGGGCGGGACGGGGCGGGUACAGGAGGGGUGGCGGCAGGGCCUGCGAUGACGCGGCAGCCAAGCCGUGGUACGUAACAACGGAGAAAGAGGAGGAGAAGAAGGGCCAAAAGAAAACGGUGAAACUUGAGGAGAUAGGCAGAGAGAUUGAAGAAGAGACAAUGGAGGACAUGAGCGAUUAAAGCACAGAAAAAACUUUUUUUUUUUUUUUUUUUUUGAGCUAUGGAAGUAGAAAUGAUCUAGCAGUUACUGGAGACAUUAGUUGUCAAAAUAUAGCACAUAGGUCUCAAAUAGGUUUUAUACUACACAUGUUUUGUAAACUGUCAAAACAUGGACAAUUUAGAAUUUCUUGUAGAUUUUGUCCUGUUCUGCUGGCAAUAUGAUGAAUUUUAGGAUUGUUUUGACAGAGAAAAUGUGGUACUUGGCAGUACUAGUCAAGCCGUGGCGCCUAGUUAGGGUAGACGACAUAAAUAGUUUGAGAAUAAAAAGAGAGGCUGUGGGGCUUAAAAGUACAGUAUAGUCAAUUCAAAACGUCCAUAAACAUGACCAAAGAGCUUACUUAAUUUACACUGAAUGCGUUUUUGUGUUUCACUGGGCUACUACGUAUGUAAACAUGCGCUAUUCCAAAGUCCCUUUCAGGCAAGUCAUUUCACUCGGCGGCCAUCUUUGAAAUGCCUCUCGUGCAGCUAUUUUAGUCAUGCGAGUGCAGUUCCUAUCAGUGAUUGGGGAACCUUCAAAUUCUCUAAAGCUCUCUAUUCACCAAUCCUACAAUUAAAUUUCAUAUUUGAAAUCACCAGUGAAAUCUGACAACUGUCUCAUAAAUGUGUUUUUAUGCUCAAAUAGCGUUAAAAAAAGCUUUUUCAGGCAGGACCAAUCAAUGCGCAUGCACAGUCGUAAGCGCGUGUCUCAAAAUAAAGAGGCUGCGUCUGAAAUCGCAUACUCUCGAGUAGGUACUUAUUUUUAAUAAGUAAUUACUUCACAACCGCGAAAAAAGUAUGUUCUACAUAGUAUUAAUGUGUGAAGUACGAUUAUAAUCUGGACAUACUAUAUUCACCGUAUUGCCCUUAUCACGUGACCUACGGCAUCAGCUGCGUCACGUCACUGCCAUCCUCUCCUGUGGCCUCAUGGGAUAAAGUGUCCAUCGUAUGCACACUUCAGAAUCUUGCCGGAAGAAGAUCAUCCAGGUACUUUUUGCCUACUCUUUUAUGAGUACUGGACAUACUUUUUUGUCACAUAAUUUUUUUCGCCUAUUAUAUAAUAGGGAAGUAUGCGAUUCUUGGAUGCAGCCUGUCUGUAUCUAUAGCUAGUGAUGGCCGAUUUCGAAACACUGCUUCAUGAAGCUCCGAAGCUUCAUGAAUCUUUUUGUUUCGAAUCAGUGAUUCGGAGCGUGUAUCAAACUGCCAAAGUCACGUGAUUUUAGUAAA